AUGCCGGCUUUCGGGUCAAAGACAUUUCGACGAGCUACCACAGCUUCUUCAACGCUAGGAGAACGCCUAGGAACAAUUUACAGAGCCAAGUUGCCCAAACACCCUUUCCUCCUCUUCGGCCUACCGUUUAUUACGGUCAUCGUUGCAGCAUCGUUCGUGCUCACUCCUGCCACUGCCCUACGAUAUGAACGCCAUGACCGCAAAGUGCGCCAGCUCGAUCAGGAGGAGGCUAUGCAACUCGGGUUGAAGGGCGAGAACGGGGAGGAGUCAAUCAGGAGAAACCCUCGGAGACACAUUGUUGGUAGCGACAGAGAAGAAUACUACAAACUGAUGGCGAAGGAUCUCGACGACUGGGAACAGACCAGGGUGAAACGCUUCAAGGGAGAACCAGACGGUCGAUUUGAUUAG